AUGGUUGAUGACUUGGUUUUAACUGGAAAUGAUAUUGGCAAAAUUAAUUCCAUCAAGAAAAAUUUGGAUGACAAAUUCAAAAUAAAGGAUCUUGGUGAUCUCAAGUACUUCUUGGGAAUGGAAGUAACACGCUCCAACUCUGGAAUUUACAUUUAUCAGUGGAAGUACACCAUAGACCUUCUCAAGAAUUGUGGUUAUCUAGAUUGCAAGCCUCUCUCCACUCCAUUUGAUUAUAGUCAGAAACUCUCGAAGGAGUCAGGUACCAUUUUAACGGACAACACUACUUACAGACAGCUCAUCAGCCGACUCAUUUACCUCACAAACACUAGACCCGAUAUCUCUUAUGCCGUGGGACGUUUGAGCCAGUUUUUGGACUGUGCAACCACUUCUCACCUACAGGCUGCUUUUUGCGUACUUCGAUAUUUAAAAGGCAGACAUGCAACUAGGCUACCUGUGCCGAUACUCGUCGCUUCGUUUUCGGUUAUUGCUUGA